AGGAUGGAAUAAUAUUCAUGUGAUCUGUGAUUAUGCAGCUUCGUUUAAACUCCCAGGAAUAGAAAAUGGUAUUGGAAAAUUGAUUGAAAAUGCCAAAAAAGUCAAUAUGUGUAUAGGAUAG